CUAAACAUUAGUUUCCAAAAAUAGGACUUUCAGGGUCCAGGGAGAUUGGGAAGGCCCCAGGUCAGAGCUGACGCUCCGUGGAGAGCUCCUAGACCCCUCCCGGCCAGAUUCUGCGACCAGAGGCCCGGCGCCCUCCGGAGGCCAAGGGGACAGCCGGUCGAGAGGCGCAGGCGCAGCCCGGGCUUCACCGAGACGCCGAGCGCGCGGCGGGCGGGUCUCCACGAUGGAGCUGGCGCCGGCGGACCGCGCUGCAGUGCUCGCGUUGUGGCGGAAGCUCGGGACCAACGUCGGCAUCUACACGACGGAGGCCCUGGAGAGGAUCUUCGUGGCCUUCCCUUCCUCCAAGACCUACUUCCUCCACCUAAACUUGAGUCCUGGCUCCGCCCAGGUCAGAGCCCACGGCCAGAAGGUGGCCGAGGCGCUGAGCCUGGCCAUGAACCACCUGGACGACCUGCCGCACACCCUGUCGGCCCUGCGCGAGCUGCACACGCACAGGCUGCGCGUGGACCCGGUCUUUUUCAAGCUGUGCCACUGCCUGCUGGUGACCCUCGCCCGGCACUACCCCGGAGACUUCAGCCCCAACAUGCACGCCUCACUGGUCAAGUUUCUGAACCACGUGAUCUCGGCGCUGGCCCCCAGCAGUGGCCAAAUUGGGAGGGUGGACGCGGAGGGCUCCUGUGUUUGAGUAAAGUCGGCAGAGUCCCAGC